GAGUGUAACGCGAGGAUGGUAGUACCACGGGGUCUGCUGAGAGCCAUGUUGGAUAUGAAUGAAAGGGAGAGAUGCUGCACCCCUGACGCCGACAGCCCGAGUUCUACUGAACACAGCGAGUAAAUGACAACUUCCCGGGCCCAAGGAGAGACGGGGGAGCGCGGGGGAAGGUGUCGAGCGGUGCCGCUGGAGCUGGCGACCUAGCCGGCGACGGAAGAGAGGAAGAGACGCACUCGAAGAUAGAGAGCGAGGAGAGAAAGAGAGAGGGGUGAGAGGGAGAAAGGGGGAGAGGAGAAAGGAUCUUACCAGACUAAUGGCUGCACUGCUACUGGGUUCCUGCCUGCUCUCGCCACUUCUUCUCCACCUGUUCCUCAGCCCUUUGUUAGCAGUUAUCCCGGGGAAGGCAGCAGGGCCCUGCCGCUGGAGCCCGGGACCCUGCCCUGAGACACCUAGCCAUCCCGGGGAAGCUGGGGUCUUGGCGAGCAACAGCGGCUCGGUGAUUCGCCCCAGGUGGACGUUACAGCGGUUCCCAUCGGGACCAGAAUGCCCAGUGUGGAGUCUUUUUAUAUGGCACGGAUACCCUUUUGGACCCUUGUGCACGGAAGAAGGGGGGGCGACAGGGGCGUGGAAUGGAGACAUGCUUCUCGACCCUGCAGGUAUGAGCAGGAGCAGCAGUGAGGAGAGGGGCGUUGUUUCACCUGUUUUCUCUUCCCCUGUUCAAAAUGGCAAAAUGCGGUUUGUACAAAGGACUAGAGUGUGCGCGCGGUUACCAUCCUGUCUGCUGCUCUCCAAACCCGACACCAGGAGAGUCUUUGUGCGCGGCAACCACCGGGGACCUGAGAGCGAGGCGUUCGAGACAGCUAGGGACGUGAGAGCGGCUUCUGAAAGGUGUAGAAGGCCUCUCCACCAGCCACUUUCUCCAACACAGCACAUAUAUAUAGCUAAGCAACCAACUGGACAGCUGACAUGGGGCCCUCAUACUCAUUUGGGCGAUAAUGUUUUGAACUCCGGCGAGGUGGCCACCGGGGAUUGUUCUCAAUUGGGCAGUCACAAUGCUAUCGAUUUCACAAGCAAUGGUUGCAAUCGUUCGUUGACUAUGGCCAUUGGAAGAACAGGGAGAAGUGGGGCGCAAGUGCCCUACACAUGCUAUCUCACCUCAGCCGCCGUAGGCAGCGCGGCCAGAUGUUACCAGUCGCCCGGGAUUAUUGAAGGGUGGAUGGCCCUCACAGGUUGUUACCCGAGUACCCGAGACACGCCUGCAGCAACCCGAGACACGCCUGGCAUGCACAGUCCUGGGCAUCCCAUGGGUGUGGGCCAGAGGAUGGACGGAGAGAAGGAACAAGUCAAAAAUCACGUAAACGCAAAUGAUCCGGAUGAUGAUUUUGCCUCUGUUUAUCUAGCAGCCAAGCCUAAAGUGCGGGCUGCUCCUCCACAGAAAUUAUCAGUGGUGGCAGGCCGAGAACAGACCUCUCAAUCCCGUGUAGAGAACAAGGGGUUACCCUGGGGGUCUCUCCCCGUAACGGGGUGUUGUGGUUUGCAGCAGAUGGAUGUGGGGGGAAGACCUUCAGCCAACGUUAUUGGACCUAGGGGGAGCAUAGCAGGGAGUAAUGUCGACAUCCAAUUUCCCCCCACCACAAAUAUUACGCAUAGUCUCUGUUUUCUAUCUAACGGUAGGCAUACCGCUAAUGAAAACACAAAUUCACUUAGCUCUACAAACUCGUUUUCCUUAUUCCAUGAUGACAUACAGGCAGCAGAAUUGUCUGUUCGAGCCACUAAUCCUCACCCUCAGUCUGAGCCAGCGCACAGUGAGUCAGCUCUCGUCACGCCUGUAAUGUCUUCCAUCACCGCUUUCACUAUAUCAUUCUCGGCACACGCCCGUGCAAUUAAGUCUGGAGUUACUCACAGGGAUAUCGUUACCACAACCCCUUUAUCAUUCUCCAUCGAGCUCAACCUGACUAAACGGGAUGAUGACUCAGAUUCACAUUCCCGGCCACGAGCUAGCCCCCACCACACUACCCGUUCUCAGCACAUGAGUUCAGCACCACAGGCACUGUGGACAGCUCCCAUGAAAACCUUUUCACAGGAUUCCCAAAGUAAACACGCAGAUUUGGCGCACCACUUUCAGCCAAUCUUUUUCGGGAGUGUUCACAACGUCAAUAACAAUAACAACUUAAGAAAUGACAACCAGAACCACGACAAACAGAACCACAACAACAAUAGCAACGAGGAGAACAAAGAGGAGAAUGUUCUAACGAAUGACGAAAGUAACGAUGCCGAUAGUAGACAGGUGUCGGGGGAUCUGAGUGGACCGUGCUCACAGACACAGCAGGCGUCGUUCCCGGAAGAGUGCCUUCACGCUGCGUGUGCUGUCGACAGCUUAACCACUGUACAGGGGGGCUCACGCAUGCAAUUAAAAUCCAGUAAACUGGUGCCAUUACAACAACAAGGUGUCCGUCUGCGAGAGAGGCAUAUGGUUGUCGAGGUUGAAGAGGGGUCUGGGGAAGGAGAAUUACAGGUGGGGGAGGGACAGGCCAGAGAGCCGUGGAGGGAGGAAGUGGAGGAGUGGGAGUCAGAAGGAAUAACAAAGAGAGCCACAGCCCAAACAGAUGAAACUGGAGAGGGAGAGGGAGAGGGAGGAAAGGGUCAGGAGAGGGCCAGGCACACACAGGCACAGAGUGGGUCAGGAGGACAGGGGAACAAAGAGUGGCAGGGGGAUGAAAGCACAAAAGGAGAGUGGGAAGAAGAGGAGGAAAGGCACAGUUCCAGGGCAGAGAGAAGCCUGGAAAGGCACAUAGUGAAAGAUAGAGGUGAGGGGGGCAGAGAGAAAGAGGUUUUGGUGGUGGGACGCGCUCGCCGUGCUGCCAACAGACACCCUCACUUCUCCCUGUAUAACUUCCAGGUGCAGGUACCAGAGAACCAGCCCCCAGGCACCUCAGUCAUAGCCAUUUCAGCCACCGACCCAGACUCAGGUGACGCAGGCAUGCUCAGCUACACCAUGGCCCCUCUAAUGAACAGCAGAUCAACUGACUACUUCCACAUUGACCCCGACACAGGCCUCAUCACCACCUCCCAGGUGCUGGACAGGGAGCACAUGGAUCUGCAUUACUUCCGGGUCACAGCGUCAGACCACGGCUCUCCACGCCUCUCUGGCACCACCAUGGUGGCCAUCACCGUGGCCGACCGCAAUGACCACUCGCCCAUUUUUGAGCAUGUAGAGUACCGGGAGACCAUCCGGGAGAACGUGGAGGAGGGCUACCCCAUCCUGCAGCUCCGAGCCACUGACCUGGAUGCCCCGUCCAACGCCAACAUCCGCUACCGCUUCAUAGGAGACACCGCAGCCACCGCCCGCGCCGCUUUCGAGAUCGAUCCCCGCUCAGGGCUGAUCACUACGCGGGGGGCAGUCGACAGGGAGACCAACGAGCAUUACACCCUCCACGUGGAGGCCAGUGACCAGGGAAAGGAGCCCGGGCCGCGCUCAGCCACCGUUAAGGUCUUCAUCACGGUGCUGGAUGAGAAUGACAACGUGCCCCAGUUCAGCGAGAAGCGCUAUGUGGUGGCGGUCAGGGAGGACAUCCGGCCCCACUCAGAGAUCUUGAGGGUGAGCGCUACGGACCAUGAUAAGGAUAGCAACGCGGCCGUCCACUACAACAUCAUCAGUGGGAACAGCCGGGGCCAGUUCUCCAUCGACAGUGUGACGGGGGAGAUCCAGGUAGUUGCCCCUCUGGACUUCGAGGCAGAGAGGGAGUACACUCUGAGGGUACGAGCCCAGGACAACGGCCGGCCGCCCCUCUCCAAUAACACAGGUAUCAUCAGCGUGCAGGUGACCGACGUCAACGACAACCCUCCCAUCUUCGUAUCCACACCGUUCCAGGCGUCAGUGCUGGAGAGUGCCCCCGUGGGCAGCUCCAUCCUCCACAUCCAGGCCAUCGACACUGACUCUGGGGACAAUGCCCGUCUGGAGUACAGGCUGACUGGCACUAGCCCUGACAUGCCCUUCGCCAUCAACUCUGCCACCGGCUGGGUGACGGUCAGCUCGGCUCUGGACCGGGAGUCUGUGGAACACUUCUUCUUUGGGGUGGAUGCCAGAGACUAUGGCGUCCCACCUCUCUCUGCCACAGCCAGCGUGACCAUAACAGUGAUGGACGUCAAUGACAACAGGCCAGAGUUCCUGCAGAAAGAGUACUUUGUGAGGCUUAAUGAGGACGCGGCCGUGGGCACCAGUGUGGUCGUUGUGACCGCGGUCGAUCGUGAUGUCAACAGUGCGGUCACCUAUCAGAUCACGGGGGGCAACACGCGUAACCGCUUUGCCAUAAGCACAGCCGGAGGUUCGGGGCUGGUCUCUCUAGCACUGCCACUCGACUACAAACAAGAACGGCGCUACGUUCUGACGGUGACUGCCUCAGAUCGCACACUACACGACACGUGCCAGGUCCACGUCAACAUCACAGACGCCAACACGCACCGGCCUGUAUUCCAGAGUGCUCACUACUCAGUGUCUGUGAAUGAGGACCGGCCGCCGGGCAGCACGGUCGUGGUCAUCAGUGCCACGGAUGAUGACGUCGGUGAGAACGCUCGCAUCACCUACUUCUUGGAGGACAACAUCCCCCAGUUCCGCAUCGACCCGUCCAGCGGAGCCAUCACCCUGCAGGCCGAGCUGGACUACGAGGACCAGAUGACCUACACUCUGGCCAUCACCGCCCGGGACAACGGCAUCCCACAGAAGUCUGACACCACCUACGUAGAGGUGAAUGUGAACGAUGUGAAUGACAACGCACCACAGUUCCUCAGCCCCAGGUACCAGGGCACCGUCAGUGAAGACGCGCCACCCUUCACUAGUGUCCUACAGAUAUCCGCAACGGACCGAGAUGCCCACGCCAACGGCCGCGUCCAGUACACCUUCCAGAAUGGGGAGGACGGCGACGGGGACUUCACCAUCGAGCCCACAUCGGGCAUUGUACGCACGGUCCGUCGUCUGGACCGCGAGAGUGUUCCCUUCUAUGAGCUGACGGCGUAUGCAGUGGACCGUGGUGUGCCUCCACAGCGGACGCCCGUCCACAUCCAGGUGACAGUUCUCGACGUCAACGACAACGCACCCGUGUUCCCAGCGGAUGACUUUGAGGUUCUAGUGAAGGAGAACAGCGCUGUGGGGUCAGUGGUGGCCCAGAUUACAGCCACAGACCCAGACGAGGGGGCCAAUGCCCAGAUCAUGUACCAGAUCGUAGAAGGCAACAUCCCUGAGAUCUUCCAGAUGGACAUCUUCUCUGGGGAGCUCACCUCCCUCAUCGACCUGGACUACGAAGCCCGCUCAGAGUAUGUGAUCGUGGUCCAGGCCACCUCAGCCCCCCUGGUGAGCCGGGCCACGGUGCGCAUCCGGCUGGUGGACCAGAAUGACAACCGGCCCCAGCUUCAGGACUUCCAGAUUAUCUUCAACAACUUUGUGUCCAACCGUUCCAACAGUUUCCCCAGUGGGGGGAUCGGACGGGUGCCGGCCCACGACCCGGACGUGAGCGACCGCCUCUACUACACUAUCGAACGGGGCAACGAGCUGCACCUGCUGCUUCUCAACCACAGCAGCGGCGAGAUCCGGCUGAGCCGCAAGCUGGACAACAACAGAGCCUUGGUGGCCCCCAUGCUCAUCACUGUCACAGACGGAGUCCACAGUAUCUCGGCCCAGUGCGUUCUACGAGUGCUCAUCAUCACAGAGGACAUGUUGAGCAGCAGCGUGACGGUGCGCCUCCAAAACAUGUCCCAGGAGCACUUCCUGUCCCCACUGCUGGGUCACUUCCUGGAAGGGGUGUCGGCGGUGCUGUCCAUCCCUCCGGAGGAUGUUUUUGUAUUCAACAUCCAGCCAGACGGCGAGGCAGGGGGCAUCCUGAACGUCAGUUUCACCGCUGCGCUGCCCGGGGGUAACUUUUUACCCUCAGAGGCCCUGGAAGAGCAACUCUACCUCAACCGUCCGCACCUCACCUCCUUGGCAAAGAUGGAGGUGCUCCCGUUCGAUGACAACGUGUGUCUGCGGGAGCCGUGUCAGAACUACAUGAAGUGCAUCUCGGUGCUUCGCUUCAACAGCUCUGCUCCCUUCAUCUCCUCUCCCUCCGUCCUGUUCCGGCCCAUCCACCCCAUCGCCGGGCUGCGCUGCCGCUGCCCCGCAGGCUUCACUGGGGACUACUGCGAGACGGAGAUCAACCUGUGUUACUCCAACCCCUGCCUCAACGGAGGUGUGUGUGCUCGCAGGGAGGGAGGCUACACCUGUAUCUGCAGAGAAGACUACACAGGUGAACGGUGUGAGUGGGACAGGCGUCAGGGCCGCUGUGUCCCGGGGGUGUGUAGGAAUGGGGGGACGUGCAGGGAGCUGUCUGGAGGGGGGUUCCGCUGUGAGUGCCCUGCAGGAGGGUAUGAGCGGCCCUACUGCGCUGUCACUGCACGCUCCUUUCCCCCCAAAUCCUUUAUCAUGUUCCGAGGCCUCCGCCAGAGAUUCCACCUCUCCAUUUCUCUCACUUUUGCCACUCUGGAGAACAGUGGCCUCCUCUUCUACAACGGACGCUUCAAUGAGAAACACGACUUCCUGGCUCUGGAGAUCCUAGAGGGUCAGGUGGUGCUCAAGUACUCCACAGGUGAAUUGUCCACUCAGGUGAGCCCCUUUCUACCUGGGGGCGUGGCCGAUGGAAACUGGCACACUGUCCACAUCCACUACUACAACAAGGCGAGUCCCUGUCCCAAGCGCAGUAUGAGUGGGGAGGCCCAGGGUCCAUCUGAUGAGAAGGUGGCGGUGGUCAGCGUGGACGACUGUGACACAGCAGUGUCGCUACGCUUCGGAACGCAGCUCGGCAACUACAGCUGUGCUGCUCAGGGCAAACAGACCAGCUCCAAGAAAUCUCUGGAUCUCACCGGUCCCUUGUUUUUGGGCGGAGUGCCCAACAUGCCUGAUCAUUUCCCGUUUCACACCCGGGAGUUUAUUGGCUGUAUGAAAGACCUCCACAUCGACAACAGACCUUUGGACCUGGCGGGAUACAUCGCUAACAAUGGAACCCUACCUGGAUGUAGUGCCAAGCUGCCCUUCUGUAACUCCGACCCAUGUCAGAACGGAGGAACGUGUCGUGUCAGCUGGGAGACCUUCUCAUGUGACUGCCCCCUAGGGUUUGGAGGGAAGGACUGCAGCCAUGUGAUGCCCCACCCACAUCGUUUCCUGGGAAACAGUGCCCUCUGGUGGGACCUGAAGAAUGACAUGACCAUCUCCACACCUUGGUACCUGGGGCUGGUGUUUAGGACGCGGGCCAGGGAGGGCACUCUGCUGCAGGCACAGGCCGGACAGUACACCAGCCUGGUCUUCCAGCUGGUGAGUGGUCAGCUGGUGUUCUCGGUGACUAAGGGGUCGACGCUGCCGGUGCGUCUGCGUCUGGACCAGGUGCAGGUGAGCGACGGGCGCUGGCACGACCUGCAGCUGGAGCUCAGAGACGUCCGCAGCGGGAGGGAGACACGCUACGUGGCUACCGUCCGCCUCGACUUUGGCCUCUUCCAGGGCACAGUGAUAGUGGGGAAUGAGAUCCAUGGGCUGAAAGUGAAACACCUCCAUGUGGGCGGAGUCCUGGGCUUGGGGGAGGUGCAGAACGGGAUACGGGGCUGCAUCCAGGGGGUUCGUUUGGGGGUGCGACCAGAUGCCAUGCCCCUGCCCCGCCCCUCCAGGGCUGUCAAAGUGGAGACGGGCUGUAACGUUGGCAAUCCCUGUGUUUCUUCCCCCUGCCCGCCUCACAGCCGCUGUUGUGACAAUUGGGAACGCCACACCUGUCUGUGCGAACCAGGUUUCUAUGGUAAGGGCUGCAUAGAAGCGUGCCAGCUGAAUCCGUGUGAGAAUGAUGCCAAGUGCCACAGGAAGCCCAGCUCAUCCCACGGAUACAUCUGUGACUGUGGAGACAACCACUAUGGCCAGUACUGUCAGCACAGGAUUGACCACCAGUGUCCACGUGGUUGGUGGGGCUCUCCAGCAUGUGGGCCCUGCCACUGUAACACCAGUAAAGGAUUCGACCCCGACUGCAACAAGACCAGUGGCCACUGCCAUUGCAAGGAGUUCCACUACCACCUGCAGGGCAGUGACUCCUGCCUGCCCUGUGACUGCUACCCUGUGGGCUCCUUCUCCCGGUCAUGUGACCCAGAGAGUGGCCAGUGCCAGUGUCGGGCUGGUGUGAUUGGUCGACAGUGCAACAUGUGCGACAACCCCUUCGCUGAAGUCACACAGAAGGGCUGCGAAGUCAUCUAUGACGGCUGUCCUAAGACCAUCACCCUGGGUAUCUGGUGGCCCAGGACGAAGUUCAACCUGCCAGCAGCCGUGCCCUGUCCUAAAGGAUCCGUGGGUGCUGCUAUCAGACACUGUGAUGUGGAGAGGGGCUGGCUGGAGCCGGAUCUCUACAACUGUACCUCUCCUCCCUUUGUGGAGCUCAAUGCAGCACUGGAGUCGGUUGAGCGGAAUGAGACAGAGCUCAGCACCAUCAUGGAGAAGAAACUGGCCCACCAGCUCCGUGAUGUCACCGAGGCCACACCCCGUCUCUAUGGCAAUGACCUCCAGAUUGCCGAGCGGCUACUGUCCCGCCUGUUGACCUUCGAGAGUCUGCAAACGGGCUUCGGCCUGACUGCCACCCAGGACGCACACUUCAACGAGAAUGUUCUGCAGGGCUGCAGUGCGGUGCUGGGUCCAGGCAGUGCAAGUUUAUGGCGAGGCCAGAUCCAGGCCCAGGGAGGGGCAGGAGGGCUGGCUGAUCUGCUGGAACAGUAUGCCCAGACCCUGGCCCAGAACAUGAAGCUCACCUAUCUGAACCCCGUGGCUCUGGUCGCCCCCAACAUCGUAAUGAACCUGGACCGUGUUGAGAACCACACCCACGUGCGCAGACGUUUCCCUCGCUACCACAGCCCUCUGUUCCGCGGCCAGGCUCUCUGGGACCCCCACACACAUGUGGUGUUGCCCCCUGCUGCUCUGGUGCCACAACGACACCAACUUUCAGCUUCACAGAACACAGCUCCUGCCCCUGUCAGUAUGUUGGCCAAUCAGACGGAAGACUAUGCUGCAGCCAGGCAUUCUGUUUCGCUACUGGAGCCGCCUGUCACCAUUGUCAUCAUGUUGAUCUAUCGUAGCCUUGGAGCAGCACUCCCCCCCAAGUACCACACUGACCGACGAGGAGUCAGACUCCCCAGACAUCCAGUGAUGAACUCUCCAGUGGUCAGUGUGUCCAUCUACAACAACCAGACGUUUGUCGGGGGUCCUCUGGACUCGCCCCUGCUGCUGGAGUUCCGCCUGCUGGAGACCACCAACCGCAGCAAGCCCCUGUGUGUCCAGUGGAACCACAGCAGCCCGUUGGAGGUGGGAGGUUGCUGGACAGUGAGGGACUGCAUCGUAGUAUACAGGAACACGUCCCACGUGCGUUGCCAGUGUCAGAGGCUGGGCACCUUUGGUGUCCUGAUGGACAGCUCCCAGAGAGAACAGCUGGAGGGGGAUCUGGAGACCCUGGCCCUGGUCACCUACUUCUCCCUGUCUGUGUCCAUGCUGGCCCUGCUGCUCACCGUCCUGGUGCUGUCCUGCCUCCGGGGCCUCAAGUCCAACACCCGCUCCAUCCAUUCCAACAUGGCCGCCGCCAUGCUGCUCUCUGAGCUCGUCUUCCUGCUCGGCAUCAACCAGACCGAGCAGCAGUUCCUGUGUACGGUGGUGGCCAUCCUGCUGCACUAUUUGUUCAUGGCCACGUUUGCCUGGCUGUUUGUGGAGGGACUCCAUAUCUACCGCAUGCAGACAGAGGCUCGCAACAUCAACUACGGAGCCAUGAGGUUCUACUAUGCCAUCGGAUGGGGCGUGCCUGCCAUCAUCACAGGUUUGGCGGUAGGGCUGGAUCCUGAGGGCUAUGGAAACCCAGACUUCUGCUGGAUCUCCAUCUACGACAAACUCAUCUGGAGCUUCGCUGGACCCAUCGCUAUCGUCAUCCUGAUGAAUGGUGGGAUGUUUCUGCUUGUGGCUCGCAUGUCCUGCAACCCCUCCCAGAAAGAGACCAAGAAACUACCUGUGAUAGCCACUAUACGCGGUGCCAUCCUCCUGCUGCUCCUGGCCACCUCUACCUGGUUCUUUGGGCUGAUGGCUGUCAACAACAGCAUUCUGGCCUUCCACUAUAUCUUCAUUGUACUAUGCUUACUGCAGGGUCUUGCUAUGUUCCUGGUAUUCACGGUGCUGAACGCGGAGGUGCAGGAGGUCUGGAAGUUGUCAUGUCUGGGCAAGAAGAGCCCCGACGAGGACGCACCUAGAGCCCCACAGAUCCCUGGUCAGAACCCCUACAACAAUGCAUCGUUGCUGGAGCAGAGCGGGCUGCACCGCAUCACCCUCGGGGCCUCCACCAUCUCCUCUGUCAGCAGCGCUCGAGAGAACCUGCUGGCCCGCCAGACUUUGGAACACAAUCUGGGACAAUCUGGAGCUACAGACCUGGACGUGGCUAUGUUCCAUAGAGACAGAGGUGAGGACUCAGACACAGACUCAGAUGUCUCUUUGGAAGGGGAACGUAGUCUCUCCAUCCCCUCCUCCGAGAGUGAGGACAACGUUCGUCUCCGUGGACGCAUCCAGCGGCGUUUCAAACGCACCAAUCACAGCGAGCGGCUGCUUACUGAGCCCACCCACAAUAGCACCAAAGACCUGGAUGGCAAUGACCUGCUCUCCUAUUGGCCAGCGCUGGAGGAGUGCGAGGUCCACUCCCUGCAGAAGUGGGGCUCAGAGCGCCGCCUAGGGGCUGACUACAGCAAGGAUGGCUCCAACAACAACCAGCCUGACGCAGCGCUGACUAGCGGGGACGAGAACGGCCUGACGGGACAGCCCAGCCGUCACCGCAAGGGCAUCCUGAAGAACCGUAUUGGCUGUCCGCCGGCCCUGCAGGGUCUCUCCACCAUGGGCCGGGUCCCCAGCGAUCUCUCCUGGUACCGCACCUCCACCCUGGGCCACAGGGGCGUCCCGGCAGCCUCCUACGGCCGCAUGUACAGUGGGACAGGCUCCCUGUCUGGCACGGGCUCCUUGUCCCAGCCCGCCUCACGCUACUCUUCCAGGGAGCACCUGGACUCUCUGGCUCGCCGCCAGUUCUCCAGAGACCCCCUGGGCCGCCAGGUUGGAGGAGGGUCCCAGAACCGCCUGGACCGCCAGGGCUCCCGGGACAACCUGGACCUGCUCCCCCGCCGCCGUGAGCCGGGGCUGGACAGAGCCUCCAGGGAGAACCUGAGCAGCUCCAGAGAUAGGCUGGACAUCCAGCAGCACAGCGCCCAUGCCUCCCAGGAGGACUUGAGUGGGAAUGGAGGUGUGGAGCCGAGUCUGGGGGGGUCGCGCUCCCAGCUCAACAACCUGAUGCAACGCCAGGCCUCCUCUCGUGAACACCUGGGAGGAGCGCUAAUGAGCAGCCACUCCCGCCAGCAGCUGGAGGGCAAUGGGGGCGGUGGGGGGACUCAGACCCAGCCCUGCAGGGAGUGGCUGCGCACACUGCCCCCGCGUCAGCCCUCGCACCCUGACCAGCCCCCACCCUCCCCCCCUCCCCCCCCAAUCAGCGAGGAACCCCAGGAAUCCCCCCUACCCCGUCGCGGCCGGCUGGACUCUGCUCCCCCAUGUAGGUACCCCCUCCCUUCCCUCGGCGCACCCCCCAGCCGCCACCCGUCCAGUGAGCACCUGGACAUCCUGUCCUCCAUCUUGGCCUCCUUCAGCUCUUCUGUGCUCACCCCCCCAGACCCCUCAUCUGCACAGGGACCCUCCCCCUCCCCGCCCCACUCCGCCACCUCCCACAGCAUCUCUGAGGUUUCCCCAGACUCUGAAGUCAACAGAAGUGAAGGACAGUCUUGAUGACACCCUCCAAAUCCCACAAUGCAUGUCUAGUGGGGUGACCAAGGACUGCGCGUGGGUAGGGCAGAGGUCAAGGAGCCCCUGGACUGCUGAAGCACUUUGGGAUACUGGAGGAUAUGUGUUGAAGGAAGGCAGAGACAGUGAGAGGGAGUUUAAAGGUGCUGGGUUGGUGCUGCUGUUAAGUAUUUUCGGUCACAAGUAGCAACCAGUAUGGGGAGGAGGGCUAUAUGAUUGAAACAGAGGCUACCUCAGCCACUACGUUUUAACAUUCUUCGAUCCUCAGAUUUCAACAUGAACACAAAGAUCGGAAUCGAUCUGCUAAGAAAAAGAUGAAACUGUAGAUAACAUUUUUAUACAUUUUGUAUCUUUUUCAACAGAGAUGAAGAAAAAAAAUCUCUUGUGAUGUUUUGGAAGAUUGUAUCCAUGUGUGGUUGUGAAGGAGAUGUGAAUGGAAUCUGUUGCUAUGGGCGAUAGCCCUAAUUCAAUCCCAAAUUCCACUACCAUUAUCCCAAAACCUUUCCUCAAACCGGUCAACUAUGUUUAUAAAACCAGGGACUGGGGUUGGUUAGUGUUGAUUGGAUGAGAUUACAAGACGUGAUAGGAUGAGGAAGAUGUUGGGGGCGGGUGAUUGUAAAUAGGAAGGAAUUCUAGGAAAGCGGGAUUUGAUAGAACAAAUGAUUGUGAACAAGAAAGAAGGCAGAUAUACUUUUAUAUUUGCAAGGCUUGAUGAUGGCUUGAAUAUAUCCUCAAUCUUUAGACAUAAUUGUUCUGUUAAUCCAAGACCCACUGCAUUUGAAUGUCGAACAUCUAUUCUACAGCAUCAUAUAGCUCUCUGUGCUACUAUAAAUCACAAACAAAACAUAUCAGCCAAAACAAAGUAUUAUAUCAGACAUGGUUCCAUAUCUAAUGGUUUCUCUGCCUGAGGAUAUGUGGUCCAUUUAUGUGUAGAAUAUCUCUUUUCAAUGACCUGCUGUAAUAUCAUUUCAUGUCUUUGGUGGUAUGUUAUUAUAAAUGUGACACUAUAAUUGCCAAAAAUGUCCCCAGGGUACCCCCAAUAUCCAUCCUUACCCAUGUUCCAUCUAUGUUUAUCUGCUCCAGUUAUUUAGCUACUGGCCAGUUAUUUUCUCACAGGAUUUAUUAUUGCAGUACCUUUAACUUGUACAGACAUAAGAUUUUAUUUUAUUUAUGACGAUCAUAUUUCUUACUUUGUAAUUUUGUGUGAGAGGAUGUAAUGUUUCCUAUGGCCUGACUCUCCCACUGUGACAAAAUGCAUUGAGAGAAAAGAACGAGUGAGAUGACAAGAGUCAAGAGGAAAGACAUUGAUGUGAUGAUGAAGGGAUAGAGAAAGGUUGGGGGAUUGUCUUUGUCAGUUAGUUUAUUCUGGGGUACGUGCUAUCCAGUCAGCAUGGGGGGAAUUUGAAACAGCUGCUCCUCAUUUACCGUGGAAACCAUACAAGAGAAAUGUUGCACAUUAAAAAAAAGAACUAUUCCUAACAAGAUGUGUUUUCUGUGAGUGACAUUCCCUGAUGAAAACAAGUGAGAGCAGAGACCAGCUGACAGUUUGUUCCGGAGGCUCUUCUCUCUCAGGUAUAUUUAUUUGCCAGGUGUCUUUUCAUAUUCAGAGAUAUCCCCCAGCCCAUUACAACAAAACUCCCCCUGAUUCUGAGCAGCAAUGAAAAGGAAUACUAAAACUAAAAUCACUAAAACCUGAAACUGUCAAACUGAAAAAAUCAUUGUCAGAAAAUAAG